AUGCAUCCUCAUCGCCCCUCCACCUCUUGUAAUCGUCACCCAGAGGAGAAAUUCACCGGCAUUUGCCCAAAAUGCCUUUAUGAACGCCUGGCUAUACUAGAGCAAAAAUCUUCCUCAUCAGUCUAUAAGGCCCCCACUUCCUCAACUGUCAUCACUGCCCAUAAACCUAAGCUUUUCCGCUCUAGAUCCUUCCCUCCUUUUAAAAAUGAAGGCCUAUCUAGAGUCUUUGAGAAGCAACGAAAAUCAUGCAAAGCUCAUCGCCCCUCCACCACCUCUUGUGAUCGUCACCCUAAGGAGGAAUUCACCGGCAUCUGCCCAAAAUGCCUUUUUGAACGCCUAGCUAUACUAGAGAAAAAAUCUUCCUCCUCCAUCUCCAAUGCCCCUUCUUCCUCUUCUAUCAUUGUUCCCCAUAAACCUAUUUUUCAACCUAAGCUUUUCCGCUCUACAUCCUUCCCUACUUUUAAAAAUGAAGGCCUCUCUAGAGCCUUUCUGAAGCAGAGAAAACUAUGCAAUGUUAAAACUUGCAAUUUUUCCUCCUCUUUCGUUGUUCAAGAAGAUGAAGAAGAUAACAUCGUCGUUCAUGACGUGAUUGAAGUAAAGGAAUCGCCAAAGCCGCAACCAGAACCUCAAGUGACCUAUAUUCAGCAUAGAGUUCAAGAAAUCGUAGAAGAGGAACCAGAGAGAGAACUAAAAGUUGACGUGGAAGCGGAGGAGACACUACAGGCAAUGAAGGACCCCAUGGAGAUGGAUUCGCAAGUGAAGAAGAGUUCUAGCCAUGAUUUGAAGGGGUGUUUUUGGUUUGUUGCUUCGAUUUUCAAGAAGAAGCGAAAGAUUAAGAAGCAUGAGUGA